AUGGAGCACCGUGAGCCUGAGCUGCUGUGGCUGGCCAGAGAGGGGAUGGUAGCACCGCUUCCGGCUGAGUGGAAACCAUGUCAGGACGUCACCGGUGAGGUGUACUACUUUAACUUCUCCACGGGUCAGUCCACCUGGGAUCAUCCGUGUGAUGAACACUACCGGCGGCUGGUGGAGCAGGAGCGAAGCCGAGCGGCUCCGAGCGUCCCGAAGAGAGACAAGGACAAGAAGAAGAAGAAGGACAAGAAAGACAAGAAGAAAAAGACAGAAGGAGUCAAAGCUCCAGGGCUGCUGGCUCCUCUCGCUCCUCUCCGCGGUCUCUCUGAGGCUCCUGUCGCUCCUCUCAGAGGAUCUGGACUCCAGCCUCUCGGGGCUGGUGCUUCGAGCUCUGCUGCUUCCAGAAGCGUUCAGGAGGAGAGGAGCGCCGAGGAAGACGAGGACAUCUCAGAGGAAGAGAGGCCACGGGGUUCAGCUGGACUCCUGCAGAACCUUCAUCUGGAUCUGGACGCUCUGGGAGCGGGACUGCAGUACGAGGACAGUGAGGUCAGUGUGACGGUUCCUCCUGAAGAAAGAACAGAACCUGAACUACAGGACUUGGCUUUAUCAAGAGAUCACAGUCCAGACGCACCUUCAGAGGACUCGUUGUGUGGACGUCACCUCCGCUCCACAGCAGCUUCACGACCUCUGACCCCGGAUGCUGCGGCGUCCAGUGGCCCAGAGGAAGACAAGCAGGAGGAUGAGGAGAACGGACAGAUCAGAGAUGAAGAGAUGGAGAACGAUGAGGAGAUCGAAGAGCAGAUUGAGAGGUCCAACAGUCCUGAGGAGAAACAGAAGGAAAGAAGUGAAGAUGAAGAAAAGAACGCACAGAUCAGAGAUGAAGAGUCAGGGAAUGAGCAGAUCGAGAGGUUCAGCAGUCCUGAAGAGGACGAGAAAGACCAGAUGGAAGAGAAAACAGAAGAGACGGGGAACCAAAAACACAGACAAGACGAGAUUGAUGAACAGAUCGAAAGAUUCAGCAGUCCUGAAGAGAAGGAGACAUCAGAAAGGAAAGGAAACAUGGAAGAGAACGGACAGAUCAGAGAUGAAGAGAUGAGUGAGGAGAUUGAUGAACAGAUCGAGAGAUUUGACAGUCCUGAGGAGGACAAGAAGAAGCAGAUUGAAGAGAAAACAGAAGAGAGAGAUCAGACUGAGAGCAAAGAAGAGAACAGAGAAGAAGAGACAGAGAACCAAAAACACAUACAAGAAGAGAUAGAUGAAACUGAAGAACAGAUUGAGAGAUUCAAGGAGGAGGAGAAGAACAUGAUGGAAGAGAAAAAAUUAGAAGAGAGAGAUCAGACUGAGAGCGAAGAUGAAGAAAACCAAAAACACAGACAAGAAGAGAUUGAUGAACAGAUCGAAAGAUUCAACAGUCCUGAAGAGAAGGAGACAUCAGAAAGGAAAGGAAACAUGGAAGAGAACGGACAGAUCAGAGAUGAAGAGAUGAGUGAGGAGAUUGAUGAACAGAUCGAGAGAUUUGACAGUCCUGAGGAGGACAAGAAGAAGCAGAUUGAAGAGAAAACAGAAGAGAGAGAUCAGACUGAGAGAGAAGAAGAGAACAGAGAAGAAGAGACAGAGAACCUGAAACACAGAGAAGAGAUCGAGAGUCCUGAGGAGGAGAAGAAGAACAUGAUGGAGGAGAGAACUGAAGAACGGAGUAAAGACGAUGGACACGUGAAAGAAGAGAUGAUUGAAAGAGAAGAACACCCUGAAACACACAAUUAUUCCGUUAAUGAAGAGGCAGAGGCUGUCAGGAGAGUUUCUCGUGAGGAGAAAGAGAGUGAGGAAGAGGAGGAAGAAUAUGAGGAAGAGCAGAGAGACACUGAAGAGGCUCGGAGAAACAGCUCUCGUCUUCAGAUGACUCGCGGUAAAGCAGGGAAGUUCAUGCCUCAGUGGAGUCCAGUGUCCAGUGAGGAAUCUGAAGAGGGUGAAGCAGCAGCAUCGCUCUCAUCCACUGAUCAUGUGAAGGCUGCUUUCCGAUCCAAACUCUCAGAGAAUGUGUUUGAUCUGCUGGAUCUGUCACCUGCAGUGGACAGGAAUGAAGCAGAGGGCGAGGCAGAUGUGGACAGCAGUGUGGACGUCUCUGACUCUGCAGACAGACAUGUGCUUGAAAACCUGACGUUAGCUCAGACACCACUGUCUGAUGAAGAGGAGAAGAAGAGAGAAGAGAGGGAGGAAGAGGAGAGGAAGAGAAGAGAAGAGAGGGAGGAAGAGGAGAGGAGGAGAAGAGAAGAGAGGGAGGAAGAGGAGAGGAGGAGAAAACUUGAAGAAGAGAAAAAGAGACAAGUAGAGAGGAAGAGACAAGAAGCUCUUAAAGAAGAGGAGAAGAAGCAGCGUGAUGAAGAGGAGAGGAAGAGGCUGAAGGAGGACUUAGAGAGACAGAUGGAGGAGGAGAGGAGCAGACUGACGGAGGAGACUCAGAGGAGACUGCAGCUGUUCAGAGACACUCUGUUGGAGGAUGAGGAGCGACGGAUGAAGGACGAGGGUGCUGAGCAGCUCCGGGUCCUGAAGGAGCAGAUACUCAAACAGAGACGAGACGAGGAGGAGAGACUGAACAAUGAGAUGAACACACAACUACAGCAGCUCAGGCUUGAGAAUGAGCUCAAGCUGCAGGAGCUGCGCUCAGAGCUGGAGGCGGAGCGUGAUAUGGUGGAGACUAAGAGGAGGCGGGACCUCGAGCGCCUAAGGGAGGGGUUAGAGGAGGAGCUGCAGGCUGAGAGGAGGCGGCUACAAGAGAAGAAGGAGGAGCAGCUGACCUCCAUCAGAAUACAGGAGGCAAAACUGAGUGAUACACAAAAGGAUUUGAGGAGCAAACGACCAGAACAACCUUUAGCAGAUUACCAGAGAGAGCUCACAGAUGUGCUGCAGGAAGUUCGUGAGGAAGUUGAGAGAGAUCACAGGAGGAAACUAGAACAACUGAAGGAGGAACAUCAACAGGAGCUACGGAACCUGAGAGAGACACACCUGGAGCAGGAGAGCAGGGAGCGGGAGCGUCUGCUGGAUUCUCUUCAGAAGGAGAGAGACGCUGUGAUCUCUAAACACACAACACAACUACACAAACUACAGAACACACUGGACACACAGCUGCAGGAGACACGCAGGACACACUCGCAGAAGGAGGCAGCUCUACAGGAGUGGAUGGAGAAGCUGGAGAUACAAACCAAAGAACUUCAAACUCAGGAGACUGAACUUCAGUCAACGGCAUCAGAUCUGAGGAAGAGGAAACAGCAGCUGUAUGAGGAAGAGGAGGACACUCAGAGAGGAUUACAGUCUCUCCCGCAGCUGCUGAAGGAGCGGGACGAUCUGUGUGAGGAGCUGCAGCGGAUGAGAGCAGACCUGCAGAGAGAGAGACAGGAGCGAGAGAGACAGAGAGACGAGAACAGCAGGAUGAUGGAGGAGAGACGGCAGCUGGAGGAAAGAGUCACGCUUCUGCAGGAGCACUGUGAGCAACUCACCUCCAGAGUCAGUGAGCUGGAGCAGAGGAGCAGAGCGGAGCGAGAGCAGCAGGACGGAGCAGAGGACGAGCAGAAGAAGAGCAGGAGAAAGACAGAGAACGGUCUGCGUUUGGAGGAUCUGGAGGCUCCGCUGCUGCGGUCAGACGCCAGCGACACCAGCGUGGACGACGUGAGGCAGUACAUGAGGAAUGAGAGCGUGUCUCUCUUCAGGGCUCGUCAGUUUCUGGAGCGGCAGAGCGUUCACAUGUUUGACCGACAGGCGGCGCUGCGGGCAGCUCGGGGCAGUCUGAAGGACCCCACGCCUGAGAGCUCAGCUCAGCAGCAGCUCUACCACAACCUGCAGCAGGAGGUGAGGGAUCUGGCUGAGCUGAGGGAGACUCUUCAGAAGGGACAAACGCUUCUGAAAGAAAAAGAGGAGAAACUCAACCAGCUCGAAUCUUCACUGACUGAAGAGGUGUCGUGUGAUGAUGCUGAGAGGUCAGCUGAUCGGAAAGUGACAUUUGAUGUGACCGAGUCAGAGAUGAGCAGUGUGUACAGCCCAGAGGGAACAGGUAACACACACACACACACACACACUUACUCAGGACAUGCAGUGGUUGACGAGUGUCUCUUAGUUCCAGUGAAGGUGCAGCAGCUGGCCGACUCUCUGCAGCUGAUCUCAGGUCAGCUCAACUCUGUGUUAGGAGCUUUGGGUUCAAUAACACAUAAACAGACCCGGCCCCCUCUGACAACACCCCUGCUGCCCCGCCCCUCAUGGGCGUGGUCUGCAAACACCUCCCCCUCGCUGGCCAAUGGGAUCUCACACAGAACCACAGACUCGCUGCAGACGCACUGGAGCGGCCUGAGCUCAGAAACCAGCAGAGCACGCAUGACCUACUCAGGAUACACACCACCAAGUCUGUCAAGUAUGCGUCCAUCAGAGGUCGAGGGUCAGCGGCUGCAGGGUCUUAUUGAAGGAAACAAACGCUGGUUAGAGGCUCAACGGAAGAACCGCAACAUUCCUCUGUUCCCGAGCGUCAGAAGCGCGUCCAGCGGCGGGGGGUUAGUUCAGCUCAGUCUGGACGACAACAACCAGAUCAAAGUUCAUCAUUACUGAAGACGUUUCUCAGGAAUCUGAAGAUCAUCUGAAGAGCUGUGGAGGAUUUAUUUGCUCUCAGGCAGUUUUUAAAAAACAGAUUAGUUUACUUUUUCAUUUCUAUAGCUGUGUGCAAUGUGCAGAUGUCAUUUGUACCAUAUUUUUGUAAGAAAUAAACUAAUUUAAUACUU